AUGACGUCGCUGGAAGCACAAAAGGUGCAAGGAUUCAAACAGUAUGUUGAGCAGUAUACCAAGGAUCUUACUGGUCCAACAGGCGAACCAGCUAAGAUCGUUUAUGAAUCGGUCAACGAUCGAUGGGAAGUAGCGCUGACCGUUUCGGAUAAAGGAUUCCAACAAAUCUCUUUUGUUAACAGUAUCGCCACAAUGAAGGGAGGUCGCCAUGUUGAUUAUGUAGCUGACCAGAUGGUGGCUAAGUUGAUCGAUGUCAUCAAGAAGAAGGUUGGAAAAAGUACGGUCAACGUAAAGCCGUUCCAAGUGAAAAAUCACAUGUGGGUGUUUGUGAACUGUUUGAUUGAAAACCCUACGUUCGACUCGCAAACCAAGGAAACGAUGACUCUGCAAGCAAAAUCAUUCGGAUCGAAAUGCGAGCUCAGCGAGAAAUUCACAAAGCAGGCCAUCAAUUGCGGUAUUGUAGACGCAGUGCUUGCUUGGGUAAGAUUCAAGCAACAAGAAGAUAUGAACAAGAAAUGCAGUGGUAAGAAAACCACUAAGCUGAAGGGAAUUCCAAAACUGGAAGAUGCCAACGAUGCUGGCACGAAAAACUCUCAACUCUGUACGCUGAUCCUCACUGAGGGAGAUUCAGCCAAGACCUUGGCUGUCUCUGGCCUCGGUGUGGUUGGCCGUGACCGGUAUGGAGUCUUCCCG